AUUUUACCAUCGAUCGGUAUAUCUAAAUGACAUCGUCUCUGUAAAGAAAAUUGCGAUAUGGAAAAGUCAAAAAAUCACAAAUAUUAUUGCAGUGAAAUGUUGCCGUGCUAAAACAAAAGAUUUCCGACAAAAAAAUAAUGUUAAGAAAUCUGAAAUACAAAGUUGAUUCCAAUGAAUCGAUACGGAAAUUGAGGCGCUACAUUGAUGGCCACAUAUCGUACCGGAAAUUGUUUAUCAUUUUGUUGUUAGUCACUAUCAUUCUGUUAUAUUUUGGUCCAAUAAUUAUUGGAUAUUUUACGCGAGGUGAACAGACAUUUAAAGAUCCAUUGGCACGAUGUCUGGACGAUCGAUUGACACCAUUCUACAUGAAAAACAUCGAAUUCAACGCAAACAUUCGACAUAAUCCAGUCCAGUCCAUCCGAGAAGAUCUAUUCGUUCCCUAUGUUGGAAAUGGCUUUAUGGGUCUGGAUAUUACGCCCAAUGCCAACAUAUACAUUAAGUACGGCAGGUAUCUGUCGCAGCCGGUGCUUUUUCAUCCGAUUAUAUCCGUAACGCACAGAAGCAAUUUCCAGAGCAACGAGGCUUACGUUGUCGACUAUUUAAGUGGAUUUGUGCAUAGGUUUCAGUGUUUCGACAUUGGAUUCUAUGUUUCAUACGAGUAUUACGCACAUCGUUUCAUCCCACAAGUUUUCGUCCAGGAGAUCAGUAUAACGAACACAAUGACCCAGAUGAUUGACGUUGAUUUGACCGGAUCAAUGUCAUCGAAUUGGCUGAAAGCUGAACGAGAAUCAAUCAAACUGCAACACGGAUCAACCAUCGCCGAAUACGAAGUGACCACCGGCAUUGUUGAACCGAACCGGGUCAAAGACGAAAUUAUCGUCGUUACAAUUGUAGCGCGACAAAUUCCGAAAUCGGUUACCUUGAGGAAGCGCGGAGUGACGAAACUGGAAUUUCUGCUGACAAUAAACUACUCCGAGCCGAUUUCCAGGGACAAAUAUUCCAAAACGAGAUUGGAAGUGGAAAAGGGUGCCAUAGAUAGCAUGCAAAAGGCAUUACAAAUGGCUGAGCACAAUAACGAAGAGCAUCGACUGUAUAGUUUCAAGCGGCUGCACAUGCAAAUAUGGAAAAAUCUAUGGCUGACCGGAUUUGAAAUCAGCUCGUCGCUAGCUGAAGAUUCGAUCAAUGGCGAUCGGAUAAAUGCCACCAUCUAUGCGGUACUGUCGCAGGUACGGUCUUUCGAAAGUGAGGACGGUAUUCCACCAUCGCAACGGCUGGACAUCGAUAAAAUUCUGAAUAAUGUCGAGGGAUGCUACGAUACGAGACAUCAUACGUUGCAGGCGGAAAAUUUGUGGCGUAACAUGAAAACCAUCGACGAACUGAACACUCUGGUGUCGUCAUGGUUGCUGACGUUAGAGAAGCAGGGCUGUCACAAUCUGAUAAAAGCUGGUGCUUCCGGUGUUGUCCAGGCAAUGGUACUUAGUUUCGGUGGAUUUCGGUUCAGUAAUCAGCACUUGGAAUUCAACAUUCAUCCGAAAUAUUUGCAUCGAGAUUACUUCUUUCGACGAAUCAGGUAUGGUAAUAUGACGCACGUGAAUGUAAGCGUAGCAGUUACCACUGACAAUAAAGCCGUAAUGUACGUCGCUCUAGACCGAACAGACGGACAGUAUUAUGCAUGUGAUGCUGGGUGUUUAGACGAUGCCGUUAAAUUGGGUCCCGAAAAGACCAUGUUUCCAGUGAAAUUGACUGAUCCACUCACAGCCAUUUUGUACAUUGCGUCCGAUAGGGAGCACAUUCUUGAACUACAUCAUGCGAUACAUGUGAAGGAGGUGGCCGAAGCACCUGCCCACGAACAUCACAUCAUCGCAUUGCACAAGCAUGGCCAUCAUUUGGGUGGACUGCCGACGCUAUUUUGGAUCUCCAUCUGCGUGAUAAUAAUUGUUUUCCAUGUGUUCUUGUGUAAACUGAUUGUGAAAGAAUAUUGCGAGCCGCCCGAUAAGUUCAGAUACAGAUAUGUCAAACCUUACAUGUCAUUGGGCUUUUUUCUUCUUCUUCAUAUUUGAAUACUCUUCCGGAAG